UUGCAAGCCUCCUUUUCCAGAUCAGUAGAUAAAGAGAACUAUGGCGAGCUGAGAUUUCGCUGUCGCUGGGUAUUGCGCUAUGCAGAAGCGCCCAUUGACCCGAAAAUUUGGCGAAGUGAAGGUGCACAUAUUCCCAUGGCAAUAUGGCACAACACUAGCCAUGUUGCACCAGUCAAUCAUACAUCGAAAAGCAUCAUACAGCCGCUAAAGGUCGUGGGUAUGAGUGUGCACCAAGUUUUGCGGUUUACUCCAAAUGCUGAUGCAUUCCUAGUCCCACCGCAGACAGCAGUCGUAAGGUAUGUGUGCAAAAGGCAUACGGUCUCUUCUGUAUUUGAGUUGCGAGGAAGUGAGGACGGUAGAGCAGGAGAGGGGAAGGGGUGGAGGAGGGAGGAGGGAUAGAG